AUGAAGCCGCUGUUUGCCCUCCUCAUUUCCAUCGCCUGGACUUUCACUGGGGCUCAGCAUUACUACCAGGGGCUGAUGGAUUAUCUGGAGAACAGAUUGUUGGCUAUUGAGGACCGCAUGCAGUUGUGGCACGACCUGUCCCACCGGUACCACACAGAGAUGAAAGAUUUCAAGAAACUUACGGCUGAGACCAUGGAUGGGUUGAAGAAUGAUCACAGCAUGAUGUUCAAAGACCUGGAAGGAGCUGGCGUCCGAGUGGACAGAGUGGAGCGAGAGAUGGACUAUGUCGAGACCCGGACCUCCCCUCGGGCCUGUACAAACAGAGCCGAUAAGGUGGUGGAGCAGGAGGCCUGGGGGCUGCAGGAGAGCAGGGUAGAGGAGGAGGAGGAGGAGGACGAGUGGGAGGAGCUGCACUCCAGAGUCUCUGACUGUGUGGAAAUCAUCUCUGGCAUCAGAUCAGUGAAGAUCCUGAAAAGAGUGGGCAGUCCUAAGGGUAUGUGGACCAGAGACCCCAGGUCGUCCAAAGUUUACGUCUUUAACGGGACAUCCGGAGACACUAUCUACCAGUUCGACUCUGUGCGGGAUUUUUCUCGCUCCUUGGGGGUCACCGGCAGCAGAAACAUCAGGCUUCCCUCAGACUGGAGCGGUCCAGGCAGUGCUGUUUAUAACGGCUAUUUGUACUACAUAAAGCAGGACUCUGAUAUGGACGUUCAGGUGGUCAGAUAUGACCUGCUGACCGGCUUGGUAACGGACACUGCCAUGUUCCCUGUGGAGAGCCACGCUACAGUUUACAACCUCAACCCAGAGACCGUUGCAGACCUCGCAGCAGAUGAUGAGGGUCUCUGGCUCCUGUACGCCCCCAGUGACAGUGAACCAAACAUCAGCCUCGCAAAGAUGGACGCUGCCACGCUCGAUAUAGAGCAAAUCUGGGACACCAGGUGCCCACGGGAGAAUGCGGAGGCGGCUUUUGUAGUGUGCGGGACCGUAUAUGUGGUUUAUAACACCCGUCUGGCCAGUCGCUCCCGGGUUCAGUGUGUGUUUGACGUCAACGACAUGGUGAUCAGCGAGGAGGCUCCACUGCUCUACUUCCCCAGGAGGUACGGAGCCCACACCAGCCUGAAAUACAACCCCGAGGAAAAGCAGCUUUAUGGCUGGGAUGAUGGCUACCAAAUCAUUUACAGACUGACCAUGAAGAGGAAACUCCUGGCUUGACAGCUAAGAAGUGUUUUGAAAGGCAUGGAUUUAAAAAAAAAAAGAAAGAAGAAAAAACAGUGAAUCUGUACGUGUUGUCCACCUUUAACUUGGUCUCAUGAUACCCGGCCUGACUUUGAGCUAUUUGUUUCACUGAACAGAAGUGUGCAAUGGUUACCAAUAUAACAUACCUUUCUUUAGACGUUCAUUGUGAACAAACUACACUGCAAAAAAAGUUUCAAAUAAGUUUUUAACAGUAACUUUUUUGAAAAUUUUCCGGUGUUUUACAAAUUUUCCCUGUCUUGUUCAGUUACAGAAAAUAACUAGUAAAACCACAAACAAAAGUAUUCAAUUACAUGUUAACAAUAUCAAAAAGGUCGAAACUGUAAAUAAAGAAAACUUUAUAAAUCUGUA